CAACAGCUCAAAGCUCUAUUUGGAAGCCAAUCUUAGCUCUCUASCAACAUCWGUUUCGAGCACACACCUCCUCUACACCGAAUUUCCACCAUGGCCGCCCGUCCUCUCGUUAGCGUUUUCUCCCUCUCCGGAGACAAGUCCGGAGAGACCACUCUCCCCGCUGUCAUGACGGCUCCUCUCCGUCCCGACAUUGUCCAGUUCGUCCACACCAAUGUGAACAAGAACAAGCGUCAAGCGUACGCUGUCUCCAUCCGAGCCGGAAAGCAGGUUUCUGCUUCCUCGUGGGGUACCGGACGUGCCGUUGCCCGUAUUCCCCGUGUCGGAGGAGGAGGUACCUCCCGAUCCGGACAAGGAGCUUUCGGAAACAUGUGCCGUGGAGGACGCAUGUUCGCUCCCACCAAGACCUGGCGCAAGUGGCACAAGAAGGUCAACAUUGGCCAGAAGCAAUACGCCGUCGCCUCUGCCUUGGCUGCUUCUGCUGUCCCUGCCCUAGUCAUGGCCCGUGGACACGUUGUCGAUGAUGUCCCUGAAGUUCCUCUUGUCUUGGACACCUCUGUCGAAUCCACUAAGAAGACCUCGGCCGCUAAGGACAUCCUUUCCGCCGUCGGUGCCCUCGAUGAUGUCGAGAAGGCUGGAGACUCCAAGAAGAUCCGUGCCGGUAAGGGUAAGAUGCGUAACAGACGUUACGUCAUGCGACGUGGACCUCUUGUUGUCUACGCCGAGAACGAUGGAAUCGAACAAGCAUUCCGCAACCUUCCCGGUGUCGAGCUUUGCUGCGUCGACCGCUUGAACAUCUUGCAACUCGCCMCCGGUGGACACAUGGGACGAUUCUGCGUCUGGUCCCAGGCCGCCCUCGACAAGUUGGAUACUAUCUACGGAGAAUCCGGAAAGCGCAUUCCUGCUGCCGCAAUGACCAACGCCGACCUUGCCCGUAUCAUCAACUCCGACGAAAUCCAAUCCGUCCUCAACCCCGCCAAGGACGGUUCUGCCACAUUCGAACCCAAGGCCAACCCUCUGCGAUCCAUUGUCGCUCUUGAGAAACUUGAUGCCCACGCUGCCAACAAGAGACGCAUGGCCCAACAGGCUGAGAAGGACCGUGAAGCUAACAAGGCUGCUCUCUUGAGCAAGAAGCGCGCUGCACGAACUGCCAAGAAGGCCUACAAUGCUCAAGGAAAGGCUUUCAUCGCCGAAGCUUCUAAGCAAGGAGAUGUUUGCGCUGACGGUUUCACCAUUGAGUAAAUUAUCUUGAAUAGAUAGUGGAAUUGUAU